CACCACCUCCCCAAACAAAAUCUAUGGCUGAGAAAAGGAAGGUUUUCUCCAAUUCAUCUUUUUUAAUGUGUGUGGUACUUUUUUACAUGAUCUAAAACUUGAGCAUGGACUUAUUUUUACAGAAAGCGUUACACAGCUAAAGUGUUUAAAACUUAAAUUGACCCGGUAAACAAUGAGAAAAGAACAUUCAUCACAGAAGAGUGGACUGAUAACCUUACGCAGUCUCCUCAGCAAAAAGAAAAGAAAGGGGGUGGAGAUGGGGAAGCAACCCAGAGGAAAACUAAACUAUGCCAAGGUCUGUUAAUAUGUAUUUAUGUUAGUACUGUUUCUGUGUUGUAUAAUCUACCUUUUCCAACUCUGUUAGUGCUGUCUCCCUACCCCCACGUCCAUCCUCCAUAUUUGAUAGGGUUAGAAAUGCAUUAUCUUCUUCAGAGUUGAUCAUCACCCAGGAAGACCAGGGGGAACCAUCCUGAGUUAUUAUACCUUUAAUAAGCAAAAAAUUCCUCAAAUUUUUUCACUCCUUUAUAUAUGUCUAGUAAAACAUUUCUUGAGCUCAUAAUGUCCUAGUCAUCAGGAGCAGCAGAGAAGUAAUAGGAAAAAAGUAGCCAACAAAAUAACUAAAUAAGCAAUUACAGUGUAGUGCUAUGGAAAGAAGAAAGUUGAGUCUUUGCAAGAACUGUGACUGACUUCAGUGGUGAAACAGCUAUUCAAGUCCACUUGCUCCAACACAUGCUAGCAUUGUAGAACAUGGUGACUGUGACUGCAGACAAAGAGAUAACAGAACUCCUGUUAGCCAAUCAGAAAGCGCACAUUCCAUUCCUGUUGGGAUGACAUAAUGCCCAAGUCUAAAUCACGCCGGCAUUGGUUGAGAAAAAGCUUAUUGGUAUUGAAACUGGAAAGUGACGUGUUAACUUCGCUUUGCCUCGGAACAAGAGUUUUGGAUUCACAAGGUGCCCUGCAGCCAUCUGCCACAGUGACAGGAGUUCCCCAGUCCCCCUUGGAGAAACCCAGAAUACCUAAGAGAUGGAAAAAACAGAACUAAAGGCUUCGGUUCCAAAAUUUGACAAGGUUCCUUGGCCUGGUGAGGCCAGUCUCAGAAACAAGCCGUUAGUGCUCAGCCUUCCCAAAAGAUCUCCACAUUCCUAUGCCAUUUUUCCGACUUCAUCCAAGGAUAUGAAUUUGUCAAUUCUGUUUCACGUUCCAGAUGUCUUCUCUAAGGUCAGGAAGAACCAGAAUAACUCCAUGCUACUCCCAAACAAGCCACUCUGUUCCACAUGUCAAGAAAUAAGCAUGAUACAAUCAAGACCUCUGAGAAUCCCAGAUGGCCUCAAACUAUCCUUUAAGAAUUUUGUGAGUCAUAGAACGAUGAGCCUUCCUCAACCCCAAACCCAGACUUUUCCCAAACCUUCCCGUGAUGACAUUCCAACAGAGAGCAUUCACUACAAACUGCCCAUUCUGGGCCCCAGGACAGCUGUCUUCCAUGGACUUCUCUCAGAUGCCUACAAAAGUUUGCAGGAGAUGGAACAAACUUCUUUACUCAGGAAGGAACCAACAGGCAAGACAGUGAGGACAAGAUGCUUAGGGAGCGAACGACCUCACCACGCCAGUCUCUGACACUGACACUGGUGCCUUCUCUUGAUUUCCCCCAUCUCCAAAAAGAUGACUCCAUUUUGCUUUCUAAGGUGCGCUGGUGUUCUAAUUCUUGCCACUAUCUUUUCAUUCAUUUCUCCUGAGAAAAAAAUGAGUUAACUGACACAACUGAAAUGAAACACGAGCAUCUCUCUCAUUUUAUUUUGUUAAAGUUAUUUUUUAUCCGCAUUAUAAUCAACAACAUGCUUCUGUUUCUAAGACAAGCACUUUCUGUGAAAGUUCUUUCAAAUCUUUGUUCAGGGCAGGGGCCAAAAAUGGCUCUAAGCAGUCCCCCAGGAAUUCAGCCUAUUAAGAAUGAAGGAAAGAAAGGGAGGUCACCACUCUAUCCUUGUCUGUCAUUUCACUUGGAUGGAUGACAGAGGCCACUGAUGCAGUAACUGCAUGUGGUGAGUUGUUGCAACCCCUGAGUGCAGGAACUAUGUCUUGGUUUGUCCCCUCACCCCACUGCCUUGUGCCCUGCAAAUAUCAGAUGUGCAGGUGAUCUUUGCUCAAAUUCAUUCCAAGUGCUUGUAUUUUGAAGUGUGGUUUCAUUUCUGAGGAUUUAUGCUUCAGAAUCUGUCCUGGUCCAUGUGUGAGAGAGACAAAAGAAGCUCUAGGCUAUCAAAUACUAUGUGUAUGAGCACAAGUGCUCCAUGGCCUGUGGAAUCCUAUGAUCCUGACUAAACAGAUGCUGGGCUGAUAUGUUGGAAUUGUUGGAAUUAACUCCUGUGCUGACUGCAUCUGAAGAAUGGACUUCAGAACCGGCACCUAAAGUGGUCUCAAUUCCUGCACAAAAGCAAGCAAACAAAACAAAAUUAAAAAAUUAAAACAAGCAAUCAAAACCAGAAAAAUUUACUUGGUUGUCUAGUAUUCCUGUAUACUAUUAUUCUUGGUUUCAGAUCAGUUGGAGUUCAAGAGCUCCAAAAAUAUUGUUUAUCAAUUAUGAUUCCAUUUCAGGUCAUUGUCAAAGGGGAGACAUUUCACAGAUAAUAGUGGUUCUUUCACUUGAGGUACCUAUAGCUUUGCAUUGGGACAGGGUAGGGGAACCUGCCUCAUGUGUAAUUAUAUGGAGGUUUUGAAAUAAAAUGAAUAUUAUGUGGUUAGUAAGAUGAAAUAUUUUUUUCAAUCUCAUUAAGAUGGCUUUAUUUCAAGUACUAGGGUGUUUCUAAAAGCUUAUAAAAAAGAAUAAUAUUGUGGCAUAGGAGGUAAAGUCACCACCUGCAACACCGGCAUCCCUUAUGGGCGCCAGUUUGAAUCCCAGCUGCACCACUUCCAAUUCAACUCCGUGCUAAUAGCUAAGCAGCAGAAAAUGUCCCAAGUGCUCAUGCCCUUGCCACCCACCUGAGAGACUGGAAAGAAGCUCCUGGCUUCAGCCUGGCUCAGUCCUGGCCAUUACAGCCAUCUGGGAAGUGAACCAGUGGAUAGAAGACUCUUUCUUUCUCUCCCUCCCUCUCUCUCUCCCUCUCCCUCUCUUUCUGUCUGUAACUCUUUCAAAUAAAUAAGAAUAACUCCCUGGUGUUUGCUAGUAUAGUAGAAAAGGAUGAGCUGUAUCAAUGUCUCUUAAACAUUUUGGUCUUGGGAGAAUUUUAUAUUAUUAAGAAACCCAAAAGAACUUUUUCAAAAUGUGGGUUAUAGCUCUUUUUAAAACUUUUUAAUAAACGUUUUAUUUCAAAACAGCUUUAAGUUUGCAAAACAAAAAUUGUGGAGUACAAAGAGUUCAUAUAUACCCCACACCCAGCUUCCCUUGCAAUUAACAUCAUACAUCAGUGUGAUACAUUUGUCACAGCUAACAAACCAAACAGAGCUGCUCCUGUUUAUUUUAUCCAAACACCCUCCAUUCUCCCCACCCCACAGCCUCUGGUAAUCACCUGGACCUACCAGGGCAUUAGCACACUAAUGAAACUCCAACAGCAGCUUUGUCGAAUAGUUGUUCAGCUGGUGAGCUUUCUCUUGGUUUUAUUCAUACAAGCAGAUCCAGAAGAGUGUAGCACUGAGGAUGGAAUUACCUAACUUGAGAAAUGCAUCCCUACCAUGCUUCUUUACAUAAGUGAUCCAAAGCCACCAUUUCAGUUUAAAUUUGCAAAGAGGACUAUAUGUAUCCUGCCUGAUUUUUCUUCACCUGUAGUAAUGUUUAAAAUGGACCUUCUCAUGCUCACCACCUGGACACCUCUUUGUAGUGUGAGAGCAAAUGUUGACUGUGUCAUUCAUCCUGGCCCAGUCUUUACUGGGAUGGAUGCUUAGAGUAAUAAUUUGGACUUUUCAGUUAUUGUUUUACCUGCUGCGUGUUCCUAAAUAUCAUCCAAGAAUCACCCACUUCACUAUAAAAAUCUAAUCAUAAUGUUUUUCUUAUCAGAAGCAUUUACAGUUCAAAUCAAUUUUGAAAAAUGAGUAAUCUUAAUUAAUUUUUUUUGACAGGCAGAGUGGACAGUGAGAGAGAGAGAGAGAGAGAAAGGUCUUCCUUUUGCUGUUGGUUCACCCUCCAAUGGCCACUGUGGCCGGCGCACCACGCUGAUCCAAAGCCAGGAGCCAGGUGCUUCUCCUGGUCUCCCAUGGGGUGCAGGGCCCAAGCACUUGGGCCAUCCUCCACUGCACUCCUGGGCCACAGCAGAGAGCUGGCCUGGAAGAGAGGCAACCGGGACAGAAUCCGGAGCCCUGACCAGGACUAGAACCCUGUGUGCCAGCGUCGCAAGGCGGAGGAUUAGCCUAUUGAGCCACGGCACCGGCCGAAAAAUGAGCAAUCUUGAGUAGUUUUUUUGUUUGUUUGUUUCAAGGCAAAAGUUUGAUUUUGCUGUGUUUUUUUUUUUUUUAAUGAAUGC